UGUGUUGUAGCGAUGGGCACUCUGGAGAUUGCGUAAAUUAUUUUGGAGCCUGACAGUUUAAGUUCAUUGGAAAUAAACAUUAACGAGUUGUUUAUAUAAUGAGUGAGUGAUUUUGUUUGUUGAAAAGUGUUAAUCAAGAAAAGCUUAUUAACUGGAAAAAAAUAAGUGCCAAAGAAAAUCCAGUUGUUUCUCUUGACUAAAGCUACGUGUCCUUUCUCUUUCUCCCUCACACCUUCUGUCAUUUCGUCUCUUUCUCAUUCUCGCUCUCCAUUCAUCUCCUUUACUGGAGAGCUGAUUGUAAGAACUCUCUAAAAAGUGUGAAAAGUGUAUAGUGAAAACUUGAACCGGAAUUUAUUAAGACUUUCGUUCAAUUAAAGAAAAGUGCUAUGGUGCGGCGUCUGUGACAUUUUGUGAUCAAUUGGUUUCCUGUUCUCUUUGAACUGUCUCACUCCCUCUUUCACUCGUUCUCGGGGCAGAAGAAUGGAGGCGGUAGCGAAACACGACUUCUCAGCGACUGCUGAAGACGAACUCAGCUUUCGUAGGAGUCAAGUUCUCAAGAUUUUGAAUAUGGAAGAUGAUAUGAAUUGGUACAGGGCAGAAUUAGACUCGAGAGAAGGAUUAAUUCCCAGCAAUUACAUAGAAAUGAAAAACCACGACUGGUAUUACGGUAGAAUAACUAGAGCCGAUGCCGAAAGACUAUUGAUGAAUAAACACGAAGGCGCCUUUCUUAUUAGGAUUAGCGAAAGCUCUCCUGGUGAUUUUUCCCUUUCCGUCAAAUGUUCAGAUGGUGUUCAACAUUUUAAAGUAUUGCGGGACGCACAGGGAAAAUUUUUCUUGUGGGUGGUUAAAUUUAAUAGCCUGAAUGAAUUAGUGGAAUAUCAUCGUACAGCAUCUGUUUCUCGCUCUCAGGAUGUUAAAUUACGUGAUAUGGUACCAGAAGAGUGUCUUGUGCAAGCUUUAUACGAUUUUACACCACAAGAGCCUGGAGAACUGGAAUUUAGACGAGGAGAUGUGAUUACAGUUACAGACCGCACGGAUCAACAUUGGUGGCAUGGAGAGAUUGGUAAUCGGCGAGGGUUGUUUCCGUCCACCUACGUAACUCCAUAUCACUCCUAGACCUCGCACAGAAGGCAUGCAAGGCGUCAAGCGCCAUCAUAUCCGACAACCAUCACAUACCGGAUCAGGCUUACCGCGGAAUUAAUCAACAGCAUUUUGCAAACACCAGCCAUUGAAUGGGCUACCAGAAUGUAUUGGUGGUCGAAGCGUAAAGUUUUCUAACUCUGAAAAAAAAACAGGGUAUAGUCAGAAAUUUUCCUUAAUCGGCGGCUUAGCAACUUUUAAGCCCAAUCAAACAAAAAAAAAAAAAAAAAAAAAGAAACCACUUGAUAAACGAAAAAUUUGUCGCAAAUCGCAGAAUGAAACUGCAGUGACAUUAAAAAGUGUCGAUUACUUUAUCACAAAUUAUUCUUCCCUUUUAGAAAUAAAAAUUCUUGAAAGUUAGACCGGAAAUAAAAUUUACUUUUUUUUUUUUUUAUUCUCAAGAAAAAAAAGGGAGAAAAUGAGUUCUCGACUAAAUCAAAAUAUAUGCGGUGCUGAAAAACGUGGUUAAAAAUUACGUUAUGAUAAACGUAACUAAAAAAAAAGAAGAAAAUGUUGUUCGUCAAUGGAUGUUAAGUCGCAAGCUAAUUGUAAACGUGUGUAAGCUUUUCAUCAGCCAUAUAUUGUACCAAUUUAUCACGCUCGCCAAGGCACUUGGGAUUGCAAACGAAUUUGUAACUUUUUCGAUACAGCUACUCGACGAAUGGGACCUACGCGAACAUGUCGACUGCGUUCGAGGGGGCGUAAUUUUUUUUUUAUAUUAAAUUUACUCAGCAUUUUUUAAAAUAAAAAUACAAAAUAAGUUUCGAAAACUAUAUAUAUAUAUAUAUAUAUAAAAUAAAUAAUGCUGAGAAUUAAACAUUUUUUUUCACUCGAAAUACCAUCGAGCGCAGUUAACGGGCCUAAAAGCUGAUUUCCCACGAAUAAAGGAACUACGUAUAUAUAUAUAUAUAAAUAUAUAAAUAAUAAUAGUAUUGAAACGCGUUAUUCUUCGACAUUGGGUGCACAUUAAUUAUGUGUUCCUGUAUUGUAGAAAUUAUAUCUUUACAGCGAUUAUAUUGCAAAUUGACAAAUUGCACAAUGGAUAAAUGCAGUACUACUUAUAUAGACAAAGCAGCACUUUUCUUGGAAUUUUUUUUUUUCGAGCUACUUUUUUUCUAUAUAGAGAUACCAGAUCGAUAACAGCUCUGGAGUUUAAAAAUAAGCCUCGUUAAAAAAAAGGAAACAAAUCGUGUUCAUUCGCGAAUAUUUGAAGCAUUUUUUUUUUUUUUGUAUUGUGAAAGUGAUUCUUCCAGUUGCAUGGCGUAAAAAGAAAAUAGAAGGAAUUAAUAUAAAAAGAGAAUAUAAAAAAAAAUUACCUUAGUAAUCUUAUACGGAUUAUCAAACAGAAAUUGACUGAUUUUAUUCGUACAUAAUUGUAUACAAAGCACAUUAUCGGAACUUGGGAUUUACGAAAUAGUACCUACGGCACUAGAUCUCAAACAUCAAUGUAGCUUCUGUCCGAUCAGUUUUAAUUUAGCCAGUACGACUAAGAUACUUUUUUUUUUUUUUUAAUUAUCACUGUUAGAACUGUUUUUUUUUCUAUUCUUGUGUAAAGAUUAUUAUCAUUUACAGAAUAUAAAGAAAGUUGUAUAAUUUUCCGGCAACGUUUUUAGCUUGUACAUUAUUGAUGGAAAAAAAAAUUAUUUUGUAUACUUUUUUUUUUUUGACAAACUCUCCGCUCACAUUACGUUCCUAAUGAACAAAACUAUUAUGUAAUUAUUAUUAUUAUUAUUAUUAUUAAUUUUUAUUGUGUUAUGUUACAUUUUAUUAUUAACAAUAUAUUAUAUUAAUUGUA